UUUUAAUCUGUGGUUACAGUGACAUGACAAAUCCCGUUAACGUGUCACGUGUCAGCUUGAAAGUUUUUCACUUUUACAUUUGCACGUCCUAGAGAAGGUCGAAAGCAACUCAAUCUUAUUCCAAAAUAUGUUUUCCAGGGUAGUGAGACCUACAUUGGCUUCGGCUAGAAAUUUCAGUACUUCGAAACAGAAUAAUUAUAAAGUCGCGGUAUGUGGGGCAUCUGGAGGAAUUGGGCAACCUUUGUCACUUCUUUUGAAAAUCAACCCAUUAGUAAGUGAACUGUCCUUAUAUGAUCUUGUUCACACUCCUGGAGUAGCUGCCGAUUUAUCUCAUAUUGAGACUGCAGCUAAAGUGAAAGGAUAUAAUGGAGCUGAAAACCUUAAAGAAGCCCUUAAAUGUGCAGAUGUUAUUAUAAUUCCUGCUGGGGUACCAAGAAAACCAGGUAUGACCAGGGAUGACUUGUUCAAUACUAAUGCUGGCAUUGUCAAAGCACUUGCUGAAGUUGCUGCUGAAGUUGCUCCUGAAGCAUUAAUUGGGAUCAUUACGAAUCCAGUAAACUCUGCUGUGCCAAUUGCCUGUGAAGUCUUGAAAAAGGCUGGAAAAUUAGAUCCUAGGCGUGUCUUUGGAAUUUCCACUUUGGAUAUUGUCAGGGCUAAUACCUUCAUUGCAGAAGCUAAGGGUCUCGAUCCCAAGAACGUGAACGUUCCUGUGAUUGGAGGACAUUCUGGUGUAACCAUUAUCCCUCUAAUUUCUAGAGCAACACCAUCUGUCUCAUUCCCUGAAGAUCAACUGAAGGCUUUGACUUCCAGAAUACAAGAAGCUGGUACAGAAGUUGUCAAAGCUAAAGCUGGAGCAGGGUCGGCUACCCUUUCAAUGGCCUAUGCUGGUGCACGUUUUGCCAAUUCUCUACUUCGGGGACUCAAAGGAGAAUCCAACGUAAUUGAACCUGCCUACGUGAUGUCAGAUGUAACAGAAUCUCCGUAUUUUGCCACACCUCUUCUUCUUGGCAAGUGUGGUAUUGAGAAGAACUUGGGACUAGGACAUCUGAACGAUUUUGAACAAGAAUUAUUAAAAACUGCUCUUCCAGAAUUGAAGAAGAAUAUUGCCUCUGGUGUGAAGUUUGCGAAUCAGUAAAAGUAUUGCGUUUGAAUGUGUGGAAAGAAUUUGUUCUAGUCCAAUUGUUUCUAUUUCUAUUUUUGUCACUAUAUCUGUUCUAUGUCAUCAUCAGAACCUAUCAAGGUGCAUUUCAAAACUGUAUUUUUAAUUUUUUUGGUUCCUAUUGUUAGGAAGAGGCAGUGAUGUAUUCAUUUCAUGUAAUAUAUAUUUUAAAAUAAAUGAAGUUUGAUGUCAGAA